AUGAACGGGUCCCUUUUCAACCAGACCCUCCUAGAGCAGGCAGCUCACCCCAACAGGACCCAGGGCUGGCCUCGGGGCUGCCCCCCGACGAGAGGAGCCUGUACAUCACCCGGCUGCAAUCAUGGGACUUUACUGAUGCCCCCCGACGAGAGGAGCCUGUACAUCACCCGGGUGGUGCAGAUCGCCGUCCUCUGCGUCCUCUCCUUGACUGUCAUCUUCGGCAUCUUCUUCUUGGGCUGCAACUUGCUCAUCAAGUCGGAGAGCAUGAUUAAUUUCCUGGUGAAGGACCGAAGACCUUCCAAGGAUGUGGGAGCUGCAAUCAUGGGACUUUACUGA